CUAACACAUGAUCUUCAGAAGGGACAGAUACCAUGCAGUAGUACUGUAGCGGCACAAGGGAAAUGGUUUACUUCAGGGAUUUCAGUUGAACAAUGUUGAACUGAAGAAUAAGAACAUGAGACGUCAUUCCCUUUUCUCUCGUCCCCCCCGUCCUGCCGGUCAUCGCCACUGUGACAGCUGCUACAGCCGGCGGUGUAAGGCCCCCGUGGAGAUCUCCGUGUCUUGUGUGCUCAUCCCCUGCCGCCUUUUGUGUGGAGCCCUGUUCCACAUGUGCAAAGAGGAGGAGCAUGCGCUCCUCUGCCCCAAUGAGAAUGUGCCAUGCCUCAACGCCGCCUUCGGCUGUCCAAUCAUCAUGCCCCGUUCCUGGCAGGCGGGCCACCUGCAGGUCUGUCCCGCCAGUGUGGUGUGCUGCUCAAUGGAGUGGAUCCGCUGGCCAGCCGAUGAAGCCUACGCAAACACACACCCCGACAUCCACGCACACACACACACCCUGCAUGAGAACCUGCUGAAGGAGCAGAAGGCAGGAGAACAGUUGGACCUGGCCAUGGCCCUGGAUGAUCAGAGACACCUGUACGCCCGUAUGAAGAUGAAGACUCUCUACCCAGAGAUGAUAGUGAAGGUGGAGGGAGAGGAAGAGGAGAAGAAAGAAGAUAAGAAAAAGGAGAAGACAGAAGACUGGGCCACAGUGCGUCUAUGUAAUGGGGCUUCUACCCUCUGUACGGCUGCUGAUGAUGGCGUUCCAGAAACAGCCGUGACAGACCUUUCAGACUUUUCUUUGGAGAAGGAGGAGGGAGAUGUGGGUAUGGAGGAACCUGGGGGAGACAUCAGCUCUGACAGAUACAACAGGUAUGAGAGGAUGUUCAAUAUGGAUAAAGGAGGCUGUAAUGUGGACACCAAAAACAGCCUGGGCAGAGAAGGGAAGGAGUGGAAACAUUGGAUGGAGUUGGAGCAGCAGUCGUGCAAAGAGAAGAAGGAGAGAAGAGAUGCAGAAGAGUUGAUGGGCGCUCUGCAAGCUACAGGAGCUCCAGAGGGACCAAGGGGGACCGAGGCCAACCGUAAUGCCACAGGGAUUACAGGUAUGGCCCCGUGGCAGGAUGGGGUCCUGCAGCGCAUGGCCAAGGAGGUCACCCCCCAGGAAUUCAACAUGUACCUGGUGCACCACGGACGCAUGCUGCUCACCUUUGGCCAGAUGGAUGCCUGCACGCCACGGGAAAAAGACUUUGUCUACGGAAACAUAGAGCCCAUCCCUGUUCAGACACUGUACUCCUUCAAGGUUCCUGUCAGCUACCGUGAGAAGCAGCGUAGUGUCCACUACUAUGACGCAUCAGCCCGUGCUGAGAGUACCUGGGCAUGUGUGGAUACGUCUGACCUGGGGGCAUUAAAGGAGUCCUGGUGGACGGACGAGGCUGACAGCACACUACUGGGAUACGCAGAGAGAGAGGUCAUGGGGCAUCAGAUCAGUGAGGAGCGUGGACAGGACGGGCUUUAUGUGGACAUGGGGAUGCAGACCCACUCCUUCAAGACGGCACCGUUCAGACGAGACACGACGUUAGCAGACCUGACAAGGGACAGGCCUCUGAAGCUCCGCCUCCAGCUGCAUGCGGACAGCACCUCCAGCCGACACAACAAGGCUAGCUCUGCCUUCACCUUCCUCUGUGGACACUCCUUCCAACGAAGGGAAUUCCCCAAACACUUCAGGAACGUGCACACAGACAUUCAGACGUGUGCUAGUGGCUGGUUUGAGCAGAGGUGUCCCCUGGCCUACCUGGGCUGCACCUACAGCCAGAGAAGGUUAGAGCCUUUCAAACAACCUGCCACGGUCACCUACAACCAGGAACUGAGCAUCUUCAACCUCCGACCCACCGUCCCAGCUUCUCAAUGGGAGGGACCAGAGCCCCUUAAAUCCUCCAAGUCGCAGUCUGCUCCAGAACCUGUCGGAACCCCCAGGAGGAGGCGGUCGAGGGGAGAAGGGGACUGCGAUUCUCUGAGUGCUUUGCCAUCCGAGGUGCUGUGCCACAUGGCCAGCUUCCUGGACAGCCUGUCCCUGUCCCAACUGGCCCUUGUGUCCCGCCUCAUGAGAGAGGUAUGUUCCUCUCUGCUGCAGGACAGGGGGAUGGUGUCCCUCCUCUGGGAAAAGAAGACCUACAAGUCUGGUGUGGCCAAAUGGAAGGCCAAAACGGUGUGGGAGUUCAGUCAUCUGUUCUCUACAGUAGAUUUGUGGCGUUUUAUAGACAACGUGCCGUCCAUGUCGGAGCACCUGAAGGUUUGUCCCUACUACCAGACCUGGGUACCACCCCAGCCGGUGGCCCUGCCCAGCAUGAGUCACCUACAGGGUGGAACACAGGAGCAGGACAACCAGCAGAGACAGAGCCUGGUUGCUCAGUUCAUGGGCAACAGAUAGCAGGGAAAAAUAGUAUUCUGAUGAUCCUACCUGACAGUCAGUGCUGGCUGGUGGCACUUCAAAUCUGAGGAUGUGCUGACAGUAAUGGCUGGAAUGGAAUAAACGGAAUGGUUUCCAUGUGUUUGACACAAUUCCAUCAACUCCAUUCAAGCCAUUAUUAUGAGCCAGCCUCCCCUCACCCGCCUCCUCUGCUGACAGUCCACCCUUGAAGCAUGAAUAGAACAAAUAGAACAAACUAUGUGCCAGACAUUUUCAACUACAGAGAAUUCAGUUAAAAAGUGUGUGUUAAUUACUAAAACCUUUAUUACUUAAGGGUUACUUGCUAUCUCACAGUUGGAUUUACCAGAAUCUCGAAGCAGCUCGAAGAACCAAUCACACACGUCUGUAGGAGACAGACAGGUCGAGUGACUACCUCCCCUCAUACUAAAGAGCCAUUUUCGUCAUCUCUGAUCAUUCUCGAGCAUGCCGAACUUCCUCACACUCUUGCAAGUAGGGGAAUGUGGUGAGAUAUCCCACUCAUAAUAUCAGAGAACCUGGGUAACGCAAGUAACCUUAAGUUAUUUUUCAAUAAUUUGUUUCAAUAUCUCACAAAAGUCACAAUAUCCAAGGUGAGACAAUUGUAUUGCCGCUGACCUUAUGCAUAAAGGCAGGGUUGGAUAAGAAGGUAACCUGGGCAAACUGUAGGCACAAAUGGUGAACUGGCAGUGCAUCUAGUUCACUCACUCACUUUGCCAACAUAAGGGCACCAGUGAAGCAGUCUUAAAGGGGGCUUAUUUUCAUCAUGUCUGAGGCAUUUAUAGGAGAGUGUGAUGCGUUUCACACAUAAUUGCCCAAGAGGAAGGCAGGUCAGGUCUUAGCGCAAUGAAUGAUACACCCUAUAAUGGCUUUCGGUGAUUGAUGAGGGGAGUUGGGGGGGGAUCUAAAAAUACAUGAAGUCCUGCUUUGUGGCAUUUCGUGAAGGCUCUAUGUUAUACUGAUCAAACUAUAUGUGAAUGACACAAAUAUUAAUUUCCACAUAGUUUGCUGCUUCAGUGUCUUUAGAUAUUUUUUGUCAGAUGUUACUAUGGAAUACUG